AUGGCUUCUGCAAUGCUCUCAACCGCUGCCGUUGCUACCGCUGCCCCGAUUCAAGCUAGCAUGGUGGCUCCUUUCGUCGGCCUCAAGUCGACCUCUGCUUUCCCUGUCAGCCGCAAGAAAAUUGACAUCACCUCACUCGCCACCAAUGGUGGCAGAGUUUCCUGCAUGCAGGUAUGGCCACCAACUGGAAAGAAGAAGUAUGAGACUCUCUCAUACCUUCCUGAUCUCACCAGAGAACAAUUGCUCAAGGAAAUAGAUUACCUUAUCCGGUCGAAAUGGAUUCCCUGCCUCGAAUUCGAGUUGGAGCAUGGAUUUGUGUACCGUGAGAACCACAGGUCACCUGGAUACUAUGACGGACGUUACUGGGUUAUGUGGAAGCUGCCUAUGUAUGGGUGCACGGACGCAGUGCAGGUGUUGAACGAGGUGGACAAUUGUGUCAAGGAAUACCCUACUGCCUUCGUUAGGAUCAUUGGAUUCGAUAACGUUCGCCAAGUGCAAUGCAUUAGUUUCAUUGCCCACAAGCCUCCAGGAUACUAG